AUGCAGCAUCAUGCCCCUCACGCUGGCGCAACAUUCGAAGGCUACUACAGCAAGUUCACUCUGCCUUCGGGAGCACAACUGGUGGUGGUAAUCUCAAAGAUCAACCAAGUGAAGAUCCGACCGAAUGUGCUGUCCUUGACCUACAUUCCCCAUGAUACCCGGCCGAUGUAUCAAACGGAGCUCUUCAUAGAUGCUCUCGACAUGCGGAGAGUAGCCAAAGGUGGCAACGCCUUCAUCCUCGACAUGCCUGGCAUUGGCUUUGCCAAAUGGGACGAAGAUGGGAGGAUGGAGUACAGCCUUAAACAUGCCGCCUUCUCUCUACAAGCGCAGACGACUAAUCGUGUACCUUGGUCCAGUGAAACCGACACCCCCGAAGGCCCUUUGGUUCACUUACCGCUUCCACUCCAUUGGCACGUCCAAUCCUUCGCAUCGGACUGCAAUUUCAAAAUGAACAUCUCCGAUUACGACUGCCCCUCGGAAGAUGCAGCGGGCGAGGCAACCGUCCACCAAGAAAAGAACUGGGCCACCGCCUUUCCAACCGCGCACAUGUGGCUCCAAGGCCGCGACGGUGAAAAAGGCAUCUGCUGCGCCGGCGGCGAGAUUCUAGGCAUCAAGGCGUUCCUGCUCGGCUACAGAAGCAGCGAUCUCAACUUCGACUUUCGCCCUCCCUUCGCCGUCCGCAUGCUGGGCAUCGGCCCCUUCAUGUCCUACAGCAUGGACUGGGAAAAGCGCACCUUCGAUCUCAGCGUCCAGAGUUUCAAGCGCAAGAUUGCCAUCCAUGCAUCGGCACCUGUUGGCAGCUUUUAUUCUCUCAGUCCGCCAUUCGCUGAAGGACAUCGCGAGAACUAUCUGGGCCAGAGUCUGCGCGCCAAGAUUGAAGUCAAGAUCUACGAGAGCGGUUGGAUUGGAGCGUGGCGGCUGGUGCGCGAGGACGUGUUCGAAGGAGGUGGGCUGGAGUUUGGUGCGGGAUAUUAUACUCCUGCAGGCACUGAGGCAAAGUUCAACUGA